GCAGUUUUCCGAAUACCACCGCACGUUUCACAUGGAUCUCGGAUCCGUCAGACGGGGCGGCUUAAGCCCCGGAGCAGUAGACUCGGCAGGGAGCGGCAGCCCUCUCGCCAUUGGCGAGGUCAUCAAGCAUGAGGCUGAGACCGCUGGCCCCUCCCUGGCGGCAGCAACGGCGAUGCCCAAUGGCGGACAACCGGCAGGGUCCUCCAGUGCCGCGGAGGCCAUGGAGACCACGGACGCAGAAGAAUUGGAAAAUGUGACCAAGAAGAGGAAAACGGGCGCAGGAGGUAGAGGUGUUGCCAACUUGACGCCGGAGCAGCUGGCUAAGAAAAGGGCAAAUGACCGCGAAGCGCAACGUGCCAUCCGAGAACGGACUAAGAACCAGAUUGAGAGGCUUGAGCGUCGCAUCCAGGAGCUGGAAGCUCAGAAACCCUACCAGGAUCUCCAAGUCGUGGUGCGGGCUAAGGAGGCGAUUGAGGCAGAGAAUGUCGAGAUCAAGAGGCGACUGGCCAGCAUCAUUGGCAUGCUGCAGCCUCUCGUUGGGCCAAAUGUCCCCGGCAUAGCCCCUACCCUCCCAUUCACCGCAGCAGCACCUAUAUCUGUAGGCACAACAAGUAGCAUUGCCUACCAUCAUGCAGCAUCCGCAAGUUCUGCAUCACCCACAGGCAUAAUGGUUGAACCUGUUCGCCAGGCCGCUCCCCCACCAUUGCAAAGCUGGCAAAGUGCCAGCAGCAACACACCACCGGCCCCACGACCCGCCGGUGUUGCCGAGGCCAUCGAUGAAGGGACCCAGGCUCUAUUAGAGCGUCAAAGCCAGUCUCUUCGGCACGGCUUAGACUUUGAGCAGGGCCGCUUCGAUCUCAACGUCGUAAUCGACCAUACGCAGGCGAUACCAAAGCUCCAAAGGGGUCUGAACGGUGCACAAGACUCGGGUGAAUACCACCAUGUCCCAAUGAAGCACGACUGGACGCAAGUGAAUCGGGAGUAUGCACCGCAGGCUAGACUUACUGCGUGGUCGUCACCCAUCCAGAUCCCAGCAGCUGUUUCUGACUCGACUCCGGCAACUGUGCCACCUCUUGGCAUCACUCGGCAGAGUACAAUGACGAGCCAAUCGGGGACUGCUUCCGGGCCAGGCUCAGACAGCAGCGCUCCUAUUAGUAUUCCAGCAGUCCCAUAUCCGAACGCUGGGCGGGCUGCUGUUCUGGAACCUCCUCCCCUCGAAUAUGCACGUCCCUUACGCAACUGCAGUCCUACCUGUCCGCUUGACGCCCUGCUUCUCGACUUCCGCAGCGAGCGCCACCAGCGGGCUGCCGAAGGUUUCCAGCCGCAUGAAGUGGCUGGCCCUCGGUACCCAUCUGUUUCCUCCCUGCUCAAUCCCGAAAAUAGCAAAUACAGCCAUCCGGUAUCGAAAUUCUUUACAGACAUACUUACCAAAUUCCCCGAGGUAUCCAGCCUCCCCGAGAAAGUGGCCAUUCUCUACCUCAUGUUCCUCGUCAUGCGAUGGCAGAUAUCUCCAACCAAGGAAAACCUGGAACGCCUGCCGGAAUGGAUCCAACCAUUGCCAUGCCAGUUCGAGGUGCCGCAUGCCGCCUGGAUGGACUUUCUCCCUUACCCCGAGAUGAGAGAGAGGGUCAUCAAGGCCAAGAACCCCGACGUCUUUUACUUUGACAACUUCUUCCUCCCGUUCACGUCCACGCUGACCCUCUCUUGGCCUUAUGAGGAGGCACAUACCCUGCUGAGGAACCCGGACUCGGACGAGAUUAUGAUUAACCCCGUGUUUGAGAGCCACAUGCGCAACUUGAACAACUGGAAGCUGGGGAGGAUCUUUGCAGACUCCUUCCCCAUGCUGGCUGAUACGGCGUUUUAUCGCACUGAUGGAGUUGGGCUGGAAACUACUGCAAAGUGA